CCCACUGUACCCCACCUUUCUAGUCACUUUACAAAAAUGCGGGGUGGCCAUCGCACAAAAGCGUCCCCUCCUAUUUAAUAGGACGGUGACUGGCAUACACACCGCCAGAUUGGCACAUUCGUAUAUAGUUGCUGAAUCUGCACCGGUAGUUCAGUUUGGCAAAUUAGUCAAGAUAGAAAGAUAAAUCAGCAGAAACAAAACGACCGCCACACUAGACGGCCUACAGACAAGACGAGACAUUCGCUGGAGCCCCCACAGACCUCCAGUCACUACAACUGCAGUCACCAUAUCUCCAGGACACCUGCAGUCACUACAAGCACCAAGCGCAUCCCCCCAUGGCAGACCCCGUCUCCCCCACCGGCCCUCCCUACCCGGAGGACCACCCCAGGCCCAACUACGGCUCCAAAACAGCCUCCGGAAAUCCCAGAAUCUACAAUUGCAAGCAGUGCAACCGCGCCUUCACCAGAGAGGAACACCUCACCAGACACACCCUCUCGACCCACAACAAACUCAAGCCGUUCACCUGCGGUAUCUGCCAGCGCCCGUUCUCCAGAAGAGACUUAUUGCUUCGCCACGCCAAAAACCUCCACCAGGGCUCCGAGUUGGCAGUCAGCAGGAUACGCAAGCUGUACCGCCGCAACGAGUCGCACACAAACGCAUCCGACGACUACUUGGACGCUGCAGACACCAGCAUGGACUACAAGGGCGACCCGCACGACACUCCCACUACCCGCAGAAGCAUAGACAACUCCGACUUGAUGCCCACGCCAGCGCCCCCCGCGUUUGUGCCGGAGGCGCCUGCAAUCUCCGCAGUGAUCCACGCCCCCUCCACUGCCAGCUACACUCCCUCCACGCCGCUCCAGGCGCCCCCGCCACCAGGAUACGAGGACCCCCAGAAAAAGCGCAUGAAGAUGUCUGUCAAUAUGUUGGUGAGCUAGUCUUGCCUGUGUAUAAUACCAUUGGGCCCCCGCCUGUAAUGAAUGUCACGUAACUGGCGUAGGGUGGGAGACCGCGUGAUCCGGAUCACGUGAAGCAUUACGCCCUUCUCGUAUGCCUCUGGUAGGCCACGGGAUUACAUAUACUUAACUUAUUCAAUCCAGAGCAAAGAGCACCUGUAAUAGAGCCUCUUGUAACUGCAGUUUUUUGUGGCAGAACAGCGGUUUCAACAAUGGUACAAUAAUUACUGCGGACGGCUAAUGAACAUUACUAGCCUUUUAAUGGCAUUUUACGAUAACGCAGCAUCGUAUGGAUUUCGAUUGAAAUUAAAGUUACGCAAAUUAAAUCAUUUCAGAUUAAAAUUGGGACCAUAAAAAUUAUAAUAUAAAUACCCUGCUUGUUGCCAAAGUAUGA